AUGGCUUCAUUAUCGCGAACGCGGAAUGAAGUGAACAACAUACGUACUCCUGAGAGUAGUGAUAAACCUCGAAAUGAAAACUCGCCAAAAUGGCCUCGAUGCAACAAAGGUAUCAACCUCAGUGGUGGACAAAAACAACGAGUAAGUCUAGCACGUGCAGUUUAUUUCAACGCUGAUAUCUACUUACUGGAUGAUCCGCUCAGUGCUGUGGACGCUCAUGUUGGACGAAAGUUAUUUCUGAAUGUCAUUGGACCUAAUGGAAUGCUUAAAGAUAAGACUCGAAUCUUUGUUACCCAUGGCAUCAACUUUUUACCUCAAGUGGACCACAUCAUCGUUCUUCAGGACGGUUUCGUCUCAGAGGAAGGCACGUACACUGAACUUCUGGAAAACUCAAGUGCCUUUGCCGAUUUCUUACAAGCUUACAGAUCAGAGGAGAACUGUGGUCUGUAUCAAAUACAAUAUACAAUUUUUUUUACUAUAAAAAUUCUACUUCGUAAAUUAAAAGAAACACUACCUUCGUUGAAAGUUCACGAGCAUAAUCAAGGGAGUAAUAAUAGUAAUGCUGGAAAAACGAUAACAGAGGAAAUAUCAAAGACUGGAGGGGCAACGUUUUCCCUAUUGUUUUCUUACAUCAAGUCCUCUGGCAUACACUGGUUUGUCCUCUCUCUGUUCUUUUUCGUGGUAAUGGAAGCGUGUUCUGUGGCUACAGGAGUAUGGUUAGCCCAAUGGAGCGCAGCAAACGUGACCACAAACCAUCAAAGGGACUUUUAUCUAUUAAUCUAUGGAAGCAUCGGAUCGGGUCAGACCCUCUUUACCCUUUUGUACUCCCUGGCAUUGUUUAUAGGGGCGAUUAGAGCUUCCCGAAUACUCCAUCGUAAAUUAAUCGUGAACAUCCUGCGGUUACCGAUGAUGUUCUUUGAUACGACACCGAUUGGUCGGAUUAUGAACCGGCUGUCGAAGGAUAUUUAUUGCAUUGAUGUGACAAUUCCAUUAUCUCUGAAGUCGUUCUUACAGAUGUUUUUUGAUGUCCUUGGGAUGUUGGUAGCUGUUAGUUACGCCACACCACUCUUCCUGACUGUUGUUCCUCCUUUGGGAGCACUUUAUUUUUACAUACAGAGAGUAUACGUGGCUACAUCGAGACAGCUGAGAAGAAUCGAGUCAGUGAGUCGAUCACCAAUAUACAGUCACUUCCUGGAAACAAUCACUGGUGUCAGCACCAUACGGGCUUUCUCGCAACAGCAGCGCUUCAUCCGGGAUAAUUAUAGGAAAUUAGAUGAAAACCAAGAAGCACAUUACUUGGCUGUUACUGCUGACAGAUGGUUAUCUCUUCGUUUGGAAUUCAUCGGCAAUUGCCUGAUCCUGUUUGCAGCAUUGUUUGCAGUAAUCAGCCGAGAAAAGAUCAGUGGAGGUCUUGUGGGACUUUCUGUAACCUAUGCGGUGCAGAUAACUCAAAAACUUGCCUGGAUGAUUCGAAUGUCAAGUCAACUGGAAACCAACUUAGUAUCAGUUGAGAGGGUGAAAGAGUAUUCUGAUGCCCAGGCAAAGGCGGAAAGAGUCAUUCCUGAUAGCCGGCCGUCUCGUGUUUGGCCACAGCAGGGAAUAGUCUUAUUUGAUAACUUCCAGUUGCGAUACAGAGAAGGACUUCCAUUGGUUCUGAGAAAGAUAACCUUUAUAAUCAAGCCAGCUGAAAAGAUUGGCAUUGUGGGUCGAACAGGAGCUGGGAAAUCGUCCUUGGCCUUAGCCUUGUUUCGUAUUCUUGAGAGAUCAGGUGGUAAAAUUGUCAUCGAUGGUGUUGAUAUUGCCACCAUUGGACUCAGAGAUCUCCGUUCGCGGCUUACCAUUAUUCCACAGGAGCCUGUGUUGUUUUCUGGAACUCUCCGUCUAAACUUAGAUCCGUUCAAUGAACAUUUCGAUGAAGAGCUUUGGAGAGUACUGGAAGUGAGUCAUUUGAAAAGAUUUGUGAUGAGUUUGAGAGGAGGACUUCAGUAUGUUAUAGCCGAAGGAGGUGAAAAUCUCAGUGUUGGCCAGCGACAACUGAUUUGUUUAGCGCGUGCACUUCUCCGUAAAAGUAAGAUCCUGGUUCUGGACGAAGCAACAGCCGCGGUAGACCUGGAAACUGAUGAACUCAUUCAACAAACGAUUCGACGAGAGUUCGCUGACAGUACGGUGUUCACCAUCGCCCACAGGCUAAACACCAUCAUGGACUAUGACAGGGUUAUGGUUCUUGAAGACGGUUCAAUCGCAGAAUUUGACGCACCCAGCAAACUUCUGGAACAAAGAGGACUCUUCUAUAACAUGACCUGUGACGCAAGACUUACAAAGUGACAUAAUAUAUUACUUUGGCCUUAGAUCGCCCCAUUUCUUUAAGACAAGAGAGAUACAAAAAACGAAACAACCAGGCAGACUUAAGGUAUCUUUACGGUAAGCGAUCAGCAGGUUGUUCAAAUAGAAAAUGAAGAACGAAAGAAGCCGUGGUAUGGCGAAUUUUACUUACUUUUUAAUUUCAAAUAAAAUGGAUUAAUUUAUCUAUUAACAACUUCUUAAUGA